GGUCGGUGUCCUGGUGGGAGCUCCCAAAGCCAACACCACGCAGCCAGACAUCGUGGAAGGAGGAGCGGUGUACUACUGCGCCUGGCCCGCCGCCCAGUGCCGGCAGAUUCCCUUCGAUAACACCAACAACAGGAAAAUUAAAGUCAAUGGCACCAGAGAACCUAUUGAGUUUAAGACAAACCAGUGGUUUGGGGCAACAGUCAAAGCUCAUAAAGGAAAGGUUGUGGCUUGUGCUCCCUUAUAUCAUUGGAGAACCCUUAAAGAUAGCCCUGAGAAGGACCCCGUUGGCACCUGCUAUGUAGCAAUUCAGAACUUCAGUGCCUAUGCUGAGUAUUCACCUUGUCGCAACAGCAAUGCAGAUCCUGAGGGACAAGGCUUUUGUCAAGCAGGUUUCAGCUUAGAUUUCUACAAGAAUGGAGACCUGAUAGUAGGUGGGCCUGGGAGUUUUUAUUGGCAAGGUCAGGUAAUCACUGCAAGUAUUGCGGAUAUCAUUGCAAAUUAUUCCUUCAAGGAUAUUCUGAGGAAACUUGCACGAGAGAAGCAAACAGGAGUGGCACCACCCUCUUAUGAUGACAAUUACAUGGGGUACUCAGUGGCUGCUGGAGAAUUUACUGGGGAUUCUGAACAAGAGCUGGUUGCUGGAGUCCCAAGGGGAGCGCAGAACUUUGGCUAUGUCUCAAUUAUUAAUUCUUCAGACUUGACCUUUAUUCAGAACUUCACUGGUGAACAGAUGGCGUCUUAUUUUGGGUACACUGUUGCAGUAUCUGAUGUUAACAAUGAUGGUUUAGAUGAUAUCUUAGUUGGAGCCCCUCUCUUUAUGGAACGAGAAUUUGAGAGCAAGCCUAAAGAAGUUGGGCAAGUUUAUCUAUACAUGCAAGAAAGUGCUUUCUUCUUCAGAGAUGCACAAAUUCUGACAGGCACUGAAGUGUUUGGUAGAUUUGGCAGUGCAAUCACGCACCUUGGAGAUCUCAAUCAAGAUGGAUAUAAUGACAUUGCUAUUGGUGCACCAUUUGCAGGAGAAGAUAGAAGAGGGAAAGUGCUCAUUUACAAUGGAUACAGUAAUGGGUUAAAUACUAACCCUUCUCAGGUUCUCAGUGGAGCCUGGGCCUCACAGUCCAUGCCUUCAGGAUUUGGCUUCACUCUAAGAGGAGACUCAGACGUAGACAAGAAUGAUUACCCAGAUUUAAUUGUAGGUGCAUUUGGAGCUGGAAAAGCAGUUGUUUACAGAGCCAGACCUGUUGUGACAGUGAAUGCUCAGCUCAUUCUGAAUCCCAUGAUUGUGAAUCCAGACAAUAAAACUUGUCAGCUCCCUGGAGCUCAGCUUUUGGUGGCCUGCUUUACUGUAAGAGUCUGCGCCAACUAUGAAGGCCAAAGUAUUUCAGAUAAGAUAGUGGUGAAAGGUGAAUUGCAAUUAGAUUCAUUGAAACAGAAAGGAGCUGUUAAGAGAACCCUCUUCUUUGAUUACCAUCAGUCACAUCAUUACUUCUCCAUUCCGAUAGAAAGACAGAAACAGCUCCAUUGCCAGGACUUUCUUGUUUAUCUCAGAGAUGAAACAGAAUUUAGAGAUAAAUUAUCUCCCAUCAAUAUAAACUUGAACUAUAGUUUGGAUGAAUCCAGUUUUCAAGAUAGCUUGACUGUGAAGCCGAUACUGAACUAUUACCAGAAAAGCUCGGUAACAGAACAGGCUUACAUUCUGGUUGACUGCGGGGAGGACAAUUUGUGCAUUCCUGACUUGCACCUUUCUGCUAUGCCAGAUAAAGAUCAGCUAAUAAUUGGAGAAGAAAACUAUGUCAUGCUCAUAAUAAAUCCAAGGAAUGAUGGGGAAGGAGCCUAUGAAGCUGAGCUACACAUAAAGAUUCCACCUGAAGCAGAUUACACCGGGGUUGAACGCAACAACAAGGCGCUGCGUGUGUUGAGCUGUGAUUACAAGAUGGAAAAUGAAACUAGAAUGGUGCUUUGUGAUCUUGGGAACCCCAUGGCGGCUGGUGCAAACUUCUCUACAGGCAUUCGAUUUUCUGUUCAGCAUUUUGAAAAUGCAGAUUUCAGCAUCAAUUUUGAGCUGCAAAUAAAAAGUUCUAACAAGAUUAAUGCCACCAGCAAUUUAGUGAACCUCCAUAUCAACAUUAGUGCUGUAACUCAAGUACAAAUCAGAGGAGUGUCUCACCCCCCAACAAUUAUUUUGCCACUUCACAACUGGGAACCCAAAGAUGAACCGACAAAAGAGGAAGAACUUGGUCCUUUAGUAGAACACAUCUAUGAGCUGCACAAUAUAGGACCAAGUGCCAUCAACAAUACAACUCUCCGUGUCGGUUGGCCUGUGUCUAGUCGAGAAGAAUUUCUUCUUUAUAUUCUUCAUAUUCAGACACACGGACCGUUGCACUGUCAAACAAGCUCUCCUAUUAAUACAAUGCAAAUAAAGUUUACUAUUCCAGAAGACACUCCUGAACUUGCUGCUUUUUUAUAUAAUUCCACAACUUCUCAUUACAUCAGAAGAAGGGAUGUCACAGUGGCAGAACCUCACAGGAGAAACCCUGCAAAAAUAUUGAACUGUACAAAUGUGAAGUGUAUCCUAAUUUCCUGCACUGUGGAACAACUGGAAAGAGGGAAGAGUGCAGCGCUGAAAAUCAGGUCCCGCCUGUGGGCCCAAACAUUCCUGGAGAGGAAGAAUGAUCUCUAUACUCUUUCUUCCAAUGUGUCCUUCGAAGUGAAGAGCAUGCCAUAUAAAGUGCAACCAGCAAAGCUCCCCGAGGGAAGCAUAGCAAUUAGAACAUCUGUCAUUUGGUCCACUCCAAAUGUCUCCUUUGUAAUCCCUUUAUGGGUUAUAAUACUAGCAAUACUUCUUGGACUACUGGUACUAGCUAUGUUGACCCUAGCUUUAUGGAAGUGUGGCUUCUUUGACAGAGCUAGACCUCCUCAAGAUGACAUGGCUGACAGGGAACAACUGACAAAUAACAAGACUACUGAUGCAUAGAGGAAGAGAGUGACAGUUCAAGUCAAAAUCCUACCAGAGACUAGAAAAAUGAUGAGGAUUGAAAUAAGGAUUCCUUCCACCAGUCUUCCUUUGUACCUGCAAGUGACAUGGUGUCAUAAUCCAAUCUAUGCAACGUUCUGAGAACAUGCCACAUGAUGGUCAUCCUUGCCAAAGAAAGCAGCUUUAUCACUGCCUUACAAACAUACUCACCACUGAAUAGAAUGUUCGUUCCAUAUCCAGUCAGUCUACAUUUCAGCAGAUACUUCUGAACACGUGUGGUAUACUGAGAUGCUUCCAGAACAAGCCCAACUCUCCUGAGGAGAGAACACCUGCAUUGCUGUACUGUCUUGAAGAUGGAGCAGGACAAAACUUCUGAAUGCUACUGUAUCAUGCAGAAUGCCUUUGACACCUCCCUAAGAAUAAGAACUUUUAUGAAAUUAUGGCUCAGGGAGACAAGCAAUAUAUCAGUACUGUGAAAGUACUUCUGAAAAACAAAGGUAGUCUAUAUGGAACUGUAUAGAUGGAGCACAAUUAUUUAUUUUUCCACUUCUUCAGGAUAAGUAUCGUAUAUAAUCACCAACUUAGUUUUUGAGAGAAGUAAAAAAGAUAGAAAUCAUGUACUCACUUUGCAUGUAAAUAGAAAAGUAAAUCCAUUGUACACACAAAACACAUCUUUUUU